GCUUCCUUCUCGGCACAUGGGGCUGCAUGAGGUCUCAGUACUGUUUAUUACCAUGAUCUCAUCAGUGGUAACUACAACAAGUCUACAACCCCGAGAAGUGGCAGCUCCGGGCAGUGACUUCACCCUUAAUUGCUCUUUCCCUUCGUCUAAAAACCUGAAUCUCAACAACCUGGUCAUCAACUGGCAGCGUGGAGAAUCAGAGGUGGUCCACAGCUAUUACCAUGGGGGAGAUCAGCUGGAAAGACAGAGUGUUGUUUACAAGGGACGCACUCAUCUGUUUGAAGACCAGCUCAUUGUGGGAAAUGCCUCACUUAGACUAAGUGGUGUGCAGCCGAGUGACCAGGGCCAAAACACUUGUGAUGUGACAGAUGAACAGGGAGGCACCCAGGAAAAGCUACAACUUCUAGUGGCAGUCCCUUAUGAUGAGCCCAGGAUAUCCGCCCAAGCCACCUGUGAUGGCUUCAUUGUCACCCUCCAUGCCUCUCAGGGGUUUCCCCAGCCAGAGUUAGUGUGGAAAGGUGUGAUGGACAGUAACACCACUAUGGAAUUGGACAGCAGGGGGCGCUAUGAGCUGAAGAGUGAGGUGACACUGUGGUUGAACAGCACUCUGACUGUUACAGCCAAGCUGAGACUGAGGGUUCUGGACCAGAGUUUUACUAAGUCUCUCACACUCCACCCACCACCAGUGUGCUGUGUGAUGCCUGCUGAGAAGAGGAGCAGAUUUUUUAUGUAUCCACUGCUGCUAAUGCUGCUGGGAUUGGUGCUCCUGUUGUUCUGGAAGAGGUCUGAGCAGGAGACCAAAAAGGAUAAGAAAACACAAGAAUAGAAUGACCUUCAGUCCAUGGUCACUCAACAGGCUUUAUGCCAGAGCAACUAUCAUUGCUUGUUUACAGAGAAAACAUAAAGGGAGGAAAGCCUUUUAUUCUAAAGUCCAUUUUCAUGGGAAGUAAUUUUGUAAAAUCUGUAAAAAUCUGUAAAAUCUGAACUACACUACAAUACUUUAUA